CAAUUCAGUUACACACUAGAGAUGGCUAAAGGUGACUCAAAGAAACCAAAAGGCAAAACGUCUGCUUAUGCCUUCUUUGUACAAACAUACCGUGAGGAACAUAAGAAAAAAAAUCCUGAAGUUUCUGUCAAUUUUGCAGAAUUUUCAAAGAAGUGUUCAGAAAGAUGGAAGAAUAUGUCUGGAAAGGAAAAAUCCAAGUUUGAUGAAAUGGCAAAAGCUGAUAAGUUGCGGUAUGACAGGGAGAUGAAGGAUUAUGGACCAGCCAAAGGAGGGAAAAAAAAAAAGGAUCCUAAUGCUCCCAAAUGGCCCCCAUCUGGGUUCUUCCUAUUCUGUUCAGAAUUUCGCCCCAAGAUAAAAUCUACAAACCCUGGGAUAUCCAUUGGGGAUGUAGCAAAAAAACUUGGUGAGAUAUGGAAUAAUCUGAGUGAUGGUGAAAAGCAGCCAUACAACAAUAAGGCAGCAAAACUGAAGGAAAAAUAUGAAAAGGAUGUUGCUGAUUACAAAUCCAAAGGAAAGUUUGAUAGUGCAAAGGGAAUACCUAAAGUUCCCUGGAAAAAGGUAGAGGAGGAAGAAGAGGAGGAAGAGGAGGACGAUGAAGAAGAUGAUGAUGAAUAA